CAUAUAUCAUCAAAAUAUCCACAUGUUUCCCGCCCCGUUAUCUCACGAACUCGUCGCCAUGCAGCUCUUCUCCUUUUUGCUUUUUUCUUCCUUUUCUUUCUCUAUAUCUACCUUCGAUUCCUCACCUCCACCCCAGAAAUCGUCAAAAGGGGCUUCAAUAACUACCCUUUCAUCGGAGCAUUGCCGGAUUUCGUCAAGAAUCGGCACCGUUUUUUGGAGUGGACCACUCAAGUUCUCCGCGACUGCCCCACCCACACCGCCUUCUUAGCUCGUCCCGGCAAUGUCCUCGAUGUCCUCACAGCCAAUCCACACAACGUAGAAUACAUUCUCAAGACCAACUUCCACAACUAUCCCAAAGGCCAAAAAAUGACUUCCGUUCUCCAAGAUUUUCUGGGCUCAGGAAUCUUCAACGCCGACGGCCACCUCUGGAAAGUUCAGAGAAAAACCGCCAGCUACGAGUUCAACUCCAAGUCACUUCGAAACUUCGUCAUGGACAACGUCACCGUUGAAAUUCAGACCAGGCUACUUCCCCUUCUCUCCAGAGCCUCCCAGACUCGCCGGGUACUCGACUUGCAGGACAUCCUGGAGCGCUUCGCCUUCAACAACAUUUGCAAGCUUGCUUUUAACGUCGACCCCGGAUACCUCGAUGGCGACGGAACCACCCGAGCUGACCUCAUGCGGGCGUUUGAUGACGCCACCACCCUCAGCACCGAGAGGUUCAUGUACGCCUUCCCGCUCAUGUUUAAAAUCAAGAAGUGGUUGAACGUAGGAUCAGAAAGAAGGCUGAGAGAAUCAGUCGCAGUUGUACACAAGCUCGCGGAUGAGAUCAUAAGGUCCAUAUUGGAAGUCAAGAAAUCUAAUCAAGACCAGGACUUACUGUCCCGGUUUAUUGGAACAGAGGAGAGCUCGCCCGAGUUUCUGCGAGAUAUCGUCAUAAGCUUCAUUCUAGCAGGGCGUGACACAACGUCGUCUGGGUUGAGCUGGUUCUUUUGGAUAUUAUCCUCAAGACCGGACGUAAAACGAGAAAUAAGGGAGGAGCUGAAAGCGAUUCGCUCUAAAAACGGGCGGAACAAAGGAGAUGGAUUCGGAUACCAGGAUCUUAAAGACAUGCAUUAUCUGCAAGCAGCAAUAUCGGAAGCAAUGAGGUUGUACCCACCAGUUCCGGUGGAUACGAGAACGUGUUGGAGCGAAGAAGUGUUGCCCGACGGUACGAUGAUUAAGAAGGAUUGGUUUAUAACGUACCAUACGUACGCCAUGGGAAGGAUGGAGAGUAUAUGGGGAAAAGAUUGCUGCGAAUACAAACCAGAACGAUGGAUUGAGAAUGGGAUUUACAAAGGGGAGAACCCGUUUCGAUAUCCAGUGUUUCAUGCAGGUCCAAGGUUGUGUUUGGGGAAACAGUUGGCCUAUAUCCAGAUGAAGUGCGUCGCAGCUUCGGUGCUGGCCUUGUACGACAUAGAAGCACGGCACAAGGACGAGUGUCCCCAGCAUUUGUUUUGUUUGACUUUGAGGAUGAAAGGAGGCUUGCCAGUGGCCAUAACCCAAAGAGAUCUCGACCCUAAUUAAGAAAGUUCAUUUGCGUAAUUUACGGACAGAUUUAUGAUGCUGGACGGCACUUAACUAUUAAUAUUGGCUCUGAUUGGGAAUCAGAUAUCUAUUAUUGUCGUCAUAACAGAGGAGAAUAUUUGUAAUAAUGAGUUUGACUUUUUCUAUCAUUUAAGAGUUACUAUUGA